GUGUGUGUGUGUGUGUGUGCGGGAGUGUGUGAGCACACGCCUUCAGGGGCUGGAGUGACACUGCGGUGGGCUUCUCCCUCGCGCCAGCCCUCCGGCUGCUCGGCCCCCAACCUGCCGGCGCCGCAUUUGGGAAGCAGCUUGGCUCUUUCAUCUUCCCGAGCCUCGCUCUCCAUCCACCGCUUGCUGGUCUUACUUUUCCUUUUACCCGAGGGGCUGCUGCCGGCCACCCCUCAACCGGUGCAAACACCCAAGCAGUCUCCAGUUCUCUCCUAAGCCAAAUCUUUUCCACUUGUCUUUCUCUGGGGUUCCUCCACGACCCAGUCCAAGGCUCCCCCAUCCUUGGAAAUUGUUUUGUUGGACUGCUGUACCGAGGCGUAUAAAGCUUGAGGACUUUAUUAUUAUUUCGAUCCUUUUCAUUUCCUCCCCUUCUGGGCAACGGAGCAAUGAAAUUUCCAAUCGAGACUCCAAGAAAACAGGUGAACUGGGAUCCUAAAGUGGCCGUUCCUGCAGCAGCGCCCCCGGUGUGCCAGCCCAAGGGCACCACUAACGGGCAUUACGCGGCCCCACGCCUCUCCAUCUCCUCCCGAGCCACGGUGGUAGCCAGAAUGGAAGGUGCCUCCCAGGGGGCCCUGCAGACCGUCAUGAAGUGUAAAACAGUGGUUGCCAUCUUCGUGGUCGUGGUGGUCUACCUCGUCACGGGCGGUCUCGUCUUCCGGGCAUUGGAACAGCCCUUUGAGAGCAGCCAAAAGAACACUAUUGCCAUGGAGAAGGCAGAAUUCCUGCGGGAUCAUGUCUGUGUGAGCCCACAGGAGCUGGAGACAUUGAUUCAGCAUGCUCUUGACGCUGACAACGCAGGAGUAAGCCCCAUAGGAAACUCUUCUAACAACAGCAGUCACUGGGACCUCGGAAGUGCCUUUUUCUUUGCUGGAACUGUCAUCACCACCAUAGGGUAUGGGAAUAUUGCUCCAAGCACUGAAGGAGGCAAAAUCUUUUGCAUUUUAUAUGCCAUCUUUGGAAUUCCACUUUUUGGUUUCUUAUUGGCUGGAAUUGGAGACCAACUUGGAACCAUUUUUGGGAAGAGCAUUGCAAGAGUGGAGAAGGUCUUUCGAAAAAAGCAAGUGAGUCAGACGAAGAUCCGGGUCAUCUCGACCAUCCUGUUCAUCUUGGCCGGCUGUGUUGUGUUUGUGACAAUCCCCGCUGUCAUUUUCAAAUACAUUGAGGGGUGGACGGCCCUGGAGUCCAUUUACUUUGUGGUGGUCACUCUCACCACGGUUGGCUUUGGUGAUUUUGUGGCAGGGGGAAACGCUGGCAUCAAUUACCGGGAGUGGUAUAAGCCCCUAGUGUGGUUUUGGAUCCUUGUUGGCCUUGCCUACUUUGCAGCUGUCCUCAGUAUGAUCGGAGAUUGGCUACGGGUUCUGUCCAAAAAGACAAAAGAAGAGGUGGGUGAAAUCAAGGCGCACGCAGCCGAGUGGAAGGCCAACGUGACGGCGGAGUUCCGGGAGACGCGGCGGCGGCUGAGCGUGGAGAUCCACGACAAGCUGCAGCGGGCGGCCACCCUCCGCAGCAUGGAGCGCCGGCGCCUGGGCCUGGACCAGAGGGCACACUCGCUCGACAUGCUCUCCCCCGAGAAGCGCUCCGUCUUCGCCGCGCUGGACGCGGGCCGCUUCAAGGCCUCGUCCCAGGACAGCAUCAACAACCGGCCCAACAACCUACGCCUGCAGGGGUCCGAGCAGCUCAACAAACACGGGCAGGGAGCCUCUGAGGACAACAUAAUCAACAAGUUCGGGUCCGCCUCCAGGCUCACCAAGAGGAAGAACAAGGACAUCAGAAAGACCUUGCCCGAGGAUGUUCAGAAGAUCUACAGGACCUUCCGGAAUUACUCCCUGGAUGAGGAGAAGAGAGAGGAGGCGGCGGAAAAGGUGUGUAACCCGGACCACUCGAGCACGGCCGUGUUGACUGACUGCAUCCAGCCGCAGGCCGAGAUGGAGAAUGGCGUGGCCCCCACGGACACCAAAGACCAGGAGCGCGAGAACAACGCGUUACUUGAAGGCAGAAACUAAACGGUAAGGACAUUGGACUUGACCCAGCGUUGCGGGUUUUGUUUGUUUGUUUGUUUUUUAAUUCACCCUGAGACACGUGCCUUAAACAAGACUUCUCGUUAGUCCGAAAUUACAUAGCAUCGAAGAAUAUAUUUCACUGUGCCAUAAACGACUGAGAAAGCUUGCUCUGCCCAAAGGAAUCAAAGAACAAGGACUUCACUUUCCAUCUCGACCGCAGGACACCCAGGGAGCCUUCGCAGGCAUAGGAGGUCACGGCCGCAGAGGUCAAGGGCACGUCCAGGCGAUGCUGUGCCCCAGUGAAGCGCCGCCCCGCUCUGGCGGGUAGAAAAGGGCAGCUAUUCCUUAGACCAGCCGUCUGAAAGGAACAGGUGUGUCUUUUAAAUGGAGUCAUUUCCUGAACCUACCGUUAAGCGAUAUGUGCGCACACAGAAGGGGACUGGAUUGGGGGGUGAAGUGGUACUUGUAACUUGGGUUAGAGUGGACAUUUCAGAAUGUUGCUCUGAGCUCCAAUUUUGAUACAAACGGUUCAGUGCAUACCUAGCCUUUCUAAGCUCCAAAUGAAUGUCCUUGGGACCGGAGAGCACCUGGAAUUUGUUGGAAGCAGAUCCGAGCGCACAUAUUAAAAGGUGCAAUUGCUUUCCUCAUUACAAAA